AUGCCAGAAGAACAAAAAGUUUUUAGGCUACAUGAUGUUUGGCGUACUUGCAAUAAGAUACGAGCCGCUGCCUUUCGCAUCGGACUCGAUUUAUGGGAAUACUAUAAACCUUUAGAUCCCGACAACCGCUAUGUGAUAUCAGAAUCCAAAUUUAUUUCCGUUUUGGCCGGACCUUUAAAAGGCCUGAUUGGCUUAUCGGAUAAAGAAAUCUGUGACUUGGCGGAUUAUUUUCGGAUUCAGGAUGGCCGAAUUCUUUAUUCGCAAUUUUGCGAGAUUAUCCACGAUAAUAUUCCUAAUUUUGAGAAAAACAAGCCUCUUGUGACCGGUUUGGAAUGGGAGGAUCCGUUACAUGUAAAUGUCUUAAGUUGCAUGGAAACACGAAAAUUAAAUCUGUUAAUCACUCAGAUCGCCGUGCUAGUGAACAAAAGAAAAAUUGCACUUUGGCCAUAUUUUCAAGAUUACGAACUGAUUGCGAAGAAUGUCGGAACGAUCACUCUCGCACAUUUUGGUCGUAUUUUAAAAUUUCUAGGCAUCAUGCUUGGUGCCGAAGAAUUUCGUCUGCUUGUAAAAAGAUUUGGCAAAAAUGCCUACACUGUGAAUUAUGUGGCAUUUCUGAAGACAAUUGAUGAAGUCAAAUGCUAUUUAGAUGAACAUGGAAUGAUGAAUUUCAGUGGGGAAUUGCUCGAUCAAUUUCCUGGUCGACUAAUUACGGUUGAGCUGCCUAAACUACCACGACCGGAAAUCGGCAAAGUCAUGCCCAGUCAAAUAUUUGGUAGACAAACGGUUUUUCAUCCAGUAAUGGAACCGACGAAACAAAUGAUGCCUACGCUAGAAGUCAUUAAACGUAUCCAGAGACACAUUCUCGAGCAUCGAAUACGUAUUCACGAGUUUUUCAAGGAUUUUGAAUAUCUGAAUGACGGUAGAAUAACCGUCUCACAAUUUCGAAGAGCGCUAGACGCACUUCAAAUAUCGUCUUUGGGCCGUUUAUGUUUGGUCGAACCGGAAGUCGACGCCCUGAUCGCGCUUUAUAUAGAUCCAGAUGAUCCCAAUCGCGUAUGUUGGCGUACGUUCGAGGAUGAUAUAAAUUAUGUCUUUACCGUGAAAGGACUUGACAAAUUACCGAAUCUUAGAGUGGAAUCACCGCCCCAAGAAAUAGCUGAUCUAUCUCGAAGAGGCACAUCAAAUUGGCAAUGCGAGCCGAAGAGUAUAAAAGAUCUUUGCGAACAUGUCUUGCAGAGAGUAAGGCAGCGAGUCGAAGAAAGGAGGAUUCUUUUGAAACAAUUCUUCAAGGAUUACGACAAACACAAUCGCGGUCAUGUAACGCGAGCGCAAUUACGGCAAGUGCUUAUUACGGCGACUAUACUAUUAUCUCCGGAGCAAGUGUUUGCAUUGGAGCAAAGAUAUAACAACGAUUUGGGAUUCAAUUACACUCAAUUUCUGCAGGAAUUGGAAUCUCAAUCGAUCGUAGAACCUUUAUAUCUUCAGAUGUUGGAGUAUAAAAAAAGAAUCAACGCUGAAAAGCUACCGUCUGAACCUCACGAGGACGAAACUAAUAUCGUAUUGAUUUUAGCUAAAAUUAAGGCUAAAGUCGUGCGCGAAAGAAUAAAAAUACUGGAAUUUAUGCGCCAAUUCGAUAGACACAAUCAUCUUGUCAUUGAAAGGCCAGAUUUUAUUAGGAGUCUGGAUCAACUUCGCUGCGGUUUGACACCUGCAGAAGUAGAUACCAUUACGAAGGCUUUUCAGAGUUCUGCAAAACCUCUUGUCAUCGAAUAUGUGAAGUUUGCCAAAAUUGUGGAAGAAGCGGUUGCAACAGGAGGUUUGGAAAAAGUUCCGCUUUUAGUUCCCUUGCAACACGUGCCCUCCGAGGCGAGUGAUAAGACUUUUUUGAAUUUCGACGAACGACAGACGGUAGCAAUUGCGAUAGAUAAAUUAUGUAAAGUGCCAAGUCCGAAUUUGGAGGAAAUCUUCAAAGAUUAUGAUAAGGAGAAUAUCGGUACCGUAUCCAAGGAUCGCUUGAUUAAGGCAUUGUCGAUCAGACAAAUGUUGGAGCUUAUUACUAACAAAGAAUUGGAUGCCGUACAUAAGUGCUUCUCCAUUGAGAGAGGUGGUCGCCUGGAAAUUGAUUAUCGAGCCUUCCUGCGCGCUUUAUACUUGUCACAAGAAAACAAAAAAGUUUUGCCCUUUUAAAAAGACGCGGCGGAUCCUACGGCAAGUAUAAAAACUGAGACUGUUUCCCUCUUCUAUUAUCUUGUGCUAUAUAAUGAAAUUAAUGCAAUUGUAAGAAACGAUGAUAUAAAUCUCGCUUAUUUUUACAUAAUAAUGUAUAAUAUUGUUUUGAAUUUAAUGACGCAUCAACUUUGUAGAGAAAAUGUGCAACUUUCAAAAAUCUAAUGCAUAGUUAUAUCUAUCUUCUAGUGCAAAUAAGUAUUUAUGUAUCAUGUGAAGAUAAAUAUUUAUUGCCUAAUUUUCGCAACAUUCUUUAUAGAUGAAUUUUAGUAAUAUUUUUACAUAUUUAGAUUUUUGAGGCAUAAUAUUAUAGAAAAUAUAUCUUUGAUUAAAUAUCUUUUUUAGAAUUUUGAUAUGUGAUUAUUUGUAACUGAUGUGGUUACUUAAUCAGAUUCUUAAUUGAAUAAUAAAAUAAUGAUUUAAAGAAUUACAUUCAUAGAAUUAAGCAGAAUUUUCGUGGAAUAUAAUUUGUACACAAUGUUUUUGAAUUAUUAUAUUUAAAGGUCUUUUUCGUCGUGCAACACAUGCGUGUUUUGUAUCCACCUUAAUAUUAUGUAUAUUGUUACAAAACAGGCGAAAGAUCUUUUCGUCUAAAUAGGACUGUCGUAAGAGCAUAGUUUGCUUACAUGAUUUAUAAAACUCGUCAAACCAGCUCUCUUUCGAGAAGGAGAGCUUCUUUUUUUAAUUCGCUGAUUUAAUGCAUCGAUCUUUGGCUCUCGUAUGAUUCAUCCGCGUUUCGAACUAGCUUUCAGGAUUCAAGUUGGGAGGAAUAUAAGAAGGAUAGACGCCUUAUAGACCGCGGUAAUCUUGAUCUUCGAUGAUUUCCUGUAACAUCUAGCAAG